GCUAAAAUCUGUCAAAACUGAUCCAAGCAUCAUCGUUGUUGAGACGAAAACACACACCUCUCUAACCCUAAUUAAAAAUUACGACUUGUUCGUUCCGAGUUGAGGGUUUGCGAUGAGACCUGCCUUGUGAAAACAUAUGUAUGGGCGGUGGUGCUUGCUGCUUCUUCUAUUCUCUCUCACACACUAGUCAAAAUCUUGAGCUUUUGGGCUCUUUUUGGUUUCAGAGAUUCCAAUUAGGGUUCUACGAAUUGCAGUUUGAUCAAUUCUAAAGAUAUGGAGUCAGAGAGCAAUAAGUUUGGAGGUCCGAGAGAAUUGGGUGGUGCUUUAGAUCUUAUAACACAAUACAAGUUGUUGCCACACCUUGAAUUCUUUUGCAAGAGGUCACUCCCUGAGUCACUUUCAGAUGCUCAUUACCUUCACAGUCUGGUUGGAGACUCAGAGAUUAGAAAAGGAGAAGGGAUGCAAUUGGAUCAGCUUAUUCCUAAUGCUUCACUUGGCCGAGAUACUAGUAAUAAUGCUCGCAUCCAACCUUUUGUUCUUGAUGAACUUAAGGAGGCUUUUGAGCUUAAUGAUACUGCCCCCGUUGAAUUGCCUCCAGCAGAGAAGGGAGCUCCUACCAUUGCGUCUAAAUCAAAAAGCGAGUCCAAAGAUAAGGACAGGAAGCAUAAGAAACAUAGAGACAAGAACAAGGAGAAAGAUAGGGAACAUAAGAAGCACAAGCACAAGCAUAAAGUUAGGAGCAAAGAUAAGGAUAAAGACAAGGAUCGAGAACGAAAGAAGGAAAAAAGUGGACACCAUGAUAAGAAAAGGAAAAGCAAUGGGGAUGCAGAUCUUGAUGACGUUCAGAGGCACAAAAAGAGUAAGGUGAUGUAUUAAUUGCUAUCAUAAGAGCUCAAAGCCUGAUGAGAUGGGAGCGAUGAAGCUUACUACUGGCUGAAGCGUUGGACACUCCCAUUUUUGUAUUGCACACCCAAGGACGUGUUAUGGAGAGGUUUAAAAGCAGCUACUUAACUCACUGUUGACUAAUUUGUUAGGUAUAAUCUCUAAAUAAAUAAAUAAAAUACACUGUGGGGAAAUUUCGGAGGGACGAAGCAACUAAAGUUUGCGGGGAAGAAUCACAACUUGUAUUAUAAUUUGAUUUGGUGGCAGCUUUGUACAUUUUGUUACAAACAAGUUUAUCCAUUCUA